CACUGUAUGCAUUCACAUAUUUAAGAUCUUUGAUUUUCAGGAUGUCGUUUUUUGUAUUACGAUGCUUGGUAGUUGUCUCCUCAUUGACGCUGACAACAUGCAGUGAGGAUGGGCUUUCUAAAUGGGUUUUCCCCAAACAAACUCGUGCUGAACAAGCAUGCCCUGCAAUUGAAUAUACUGCCCAGGUCAUGACUGAAGCCGACACACUUGUUGCUUCGAUGUGCCGAGCCUCGUGUCAAGCUGGCGAAACGGAAAUAUGUGACUACGAUGUUGGUGUCUUACCAUGUGGUACGUCGGACGACAAAUUGGGAUGCAAGUCGUGUGCUAAUAAUGACGAUCUGAUAAGCAAGUACCAACUGGGUUUUAAUAUAUGCGAAUGGUUUUGUCACACUGAAUGUAAACAUUAUGGAGGAACAUGUAGAUUUCUCAGGUGUGGCAAAAACGAGCGCUUAGGAAAAAACGCCUGUCCACUGCCAUGGAUAUGCAAAUGUUGCAAACCAUCAUCGUCGUACAUGGGGCCACCAAAAUUACCCCCCAGUGCACAGGCUGAUCCUCAAUUCCGUACAUUCGACGGCUUUCAUUUCAUGUAUAAUGGUCACAGUGAUUGCGAGUACGUAUUUUUUCAAGAGUGUGUGCCUCGUCCAUCAUUCACUGUUUUGAUCAGACAUCAUUAUCUGAAAGAAGCUAUGAAAAUGGUGGUUACUGAAGUUUCGAUUGUUCUUAAUGGGAACCGUGUAACCUUGAUUGAAGACAGGCUUUAUAUAAAUGGCAAAAUCCAUAACCUAUUGGCUCCACUGAUACUCGGAAAUCUGACAGUGACACGAGACAAUGCAGGAUACCUGAGAGCAAAACUGGAUUCAAUAUUUACAUUGACAUGGAACGGCAAAGGACGCGUUGCUCCUGUUCUAAACCAAUCUAUGUUCGGAAAAGUGUGUGGCUUGAUGGGAAAUGCUGACGGGGAUCCGUCUAAUGAUAUGCAGAUACCGAUGCCUGAUGGAAAACUGAAAUUAGUUACUGAGUCUGAUGAAUUUGGGGACAAGUGGAUUGUACCAGGAAGUUGCAGUAUAUAAUCCGCAAAGAGAACACCAAUGUUGAGAAAAUCUACAAUGACAUAUUCGACGGUGGUGACGGGUCUUUGGUUUAAAUUAUUCGCAUGUAAAACACGUGAAAUAAGUGUAUACAUUAUGUUUUAGUUGUAAUAAAAUGCCGUUACCGCAAAACUCA